CUGUCGGCACUUCCCUUUCCCUUGCCUAGCUGGCCGGAUUGGGGUCGACGGUCAGCGGAGGUUUCUAAGCUCCCCAUGUUCUUCUUCCUCCUCCGGCGUAUCGAUUUCUGCCUCCGUUGUGAUCCAGUUGCUGCUUAUGCCCGCGGAGCUCUCCAGGUUGAUCUCUUCCGGCGUGGUGGCCUUCGGGCCCUCAUAUAUGCUGAUCCGCUUAAGCGUUCUUUCAGUUAGGUGCCAAUAAGAUGGCGACAGCGAGAGCUCGACCCACCAUGGCCAUGGCCAUCGUCCUCCUCGCCACGCUCUCGCCCUCCCACACCGCGUCAUGCCUGGUUCGGCCGCACGACGUCGUCGGCUGCCAGCCCAGCGGCUACCUCCCGGGCAGGUCCGGGAACUGCGAGACAAGCAACAGCCCCGAAUGCUGCGUCGACGGCAAGCAGUACCUGCAGUUCCUCUGCUCGCCGUCCGUCUCCGCCGCCACCUGGGCCGUCCUCACAGUCAACGGCUUCGGCAAGGGGAAGGACGGCGGCCUCCCGUCCGAAUGCGACGGCGCGUACCACGACGACUCGGAGAUGGUCGUCGCGCUCUCCACCGGCUGGUUCAGCGGCAUGUCCCGCUGCGGCCGCAGCAUCAAGAUCACUGCGAAGGGUGGCAGCUCCGUGUACGCCAAGGUGGUGGACGAGUGCGACUCUGUCCACGGUUGCGACGCCGAGCACAACUACGAGGAGCCAUGCGCCUACAACAUCGUGGACGCCUCGCCGGCGGUGUGGGACGCCCUGGGUCUCGACCAGAGCAUCGGUUUGCAGGGUGUUACCUGGUCUGACGAGUAAUCAGUUAGUUGGACAAUAUGAAUAUUCGUGUUGCCGCUAAGUAUUUACUUUUAGAUUCUUUUGUUUCUUCUAAAGUUUAUCAUUAUAUUUGUAGACCUAUUUCGAUUCGGAUGUAUUUUUUUCUAUCGAUGGUUGUUCAAGUGAGAUUCUCGUAUUCCAUUAAAUUCACCCUGGGAUUCCAUUAAAUUCACUUUGGGAUACACAAAAAGAUACACAAGACUGGCCAAUGUAGA